AUGGCUGAAGCUGAAAUGGCCUUACGCAAGGAGCUGUUGCUCUUCGCUCAGACAACCCUACGCGAGGAACUGAAGUCCUUCAAGGAGAGCCUUUUGAAAGAGCUGCGAGGGGAGCAGGAGGAGGUGAAAACGCCCACGAAGAAGCGCUUCUUGCAUGAGGCGGUGCACGGCAUGCCAGAGGCCAGCUCCGCGCGAUGCGGACGCAUCUUGGGGCUGGGCAGCAGCAACGAGCGCUCGGCGUCCUCGUUAAACAUCGAAGAACAAUCAGAGGAUGUGUCGACGAGAAGGCCGCCAACGACCAUGGCACAGCAUGUGGUCGAGACCUUGCUGGGCGACGCCUCCAGCGAGGCGAAGAAGGCUUUGGAGCGUGACCUCACGGCCACUUACAUGCGCACUAAGAAGAAGGGAAACAAACGAGCCAGUGGCCGCUACAUGCCCAUCGAUACCUCGGACCUAGAGAACCAGGCGAACCCGAGCCACUGUUCCUUGCUGGUCUCGUGCUGCACGUCCAUCUUGAACAGCCACUACUUUGACAUUCUGAGCGCUUGGCUGGUGGUCUUCAACGCGGUGUGGAUUGGCCUGAGCACAGAUUGGGUGGCUCGCCAUUGGAGCAGCCACAUGCCAGACUGGUUUCACUAUGGCGAUUGGAUCUUCUGCGUCUUGGCGCUGAUGGAGCUCUUCAUCCGCAUGGUCGCACAGGGACUGUACUUUUUUCUACGAGGCUCACUGGAAGUGGAAUCUCUUUGA